AUGCACCUCCUUGGAACAGGACUGCCGUUUAGGACGCUCCACUGCGCAGGGAGGACGAACUAUUGUUCAUCCGCUUUGUUUAUUGAGGACUUGAGAAAAGUCGCGCUUCGAAAAGUCGAUAUCUCCAGGGGUCUUGGCCAAGACCCCUGCUUAUAUCAUCAUUCAAGGGAUUUCGACGCGCCUCCUGGUAACUCCACGCUGCCUCGACAAGCUCGACUUUUUGCCAUUCCGUUCCCUUUAUGCCUGAAUGUCGGCACUGAUAUAGUGCACAUUCCUCGAAUCUUUCGCUUGGUCACUCGUUCAUCCGCUGGCACCCACAACUAUUUCAACCGGUUUAUACGGCGCAUUUUGUCUGAGCAGGAACAAGCCUACUUUCUGUCUAAAUUUCCACAAUAUCAACCACACCUUUCCCAGACGAUACCUCGGUCAUCACAGUUGCUCAAUGCGUCGAAUGCCAACGAUAUAGCGAGAUGGUUAGCCGGUCGCUUUGCUGCUAAGGAAGCGGCAAGGAAGGCAGCACCCGGCGGCGCUGCAAGCAUUAGUUGGAAAGAAGUUAUCGUCAGACACGAGCCCAAGGGGAACGGAAGACCUGAGGUGGUGUAUUUAAGGAACGGGGAAGAAGUCGGCCGAAUUGGCAAAUUGUCCAUUUCCCACGAUGGAGAGUAUGUUGUUGCAACGGUCAUCGCGGCGUCUCCAAGUGAAUGA